GCGCCUUCCCUAAAGAGAGUGAAGCGGAAGAAACUAAUCUAAACCUGAAGCGGGACCAUUUCACAGUCAUGACUUGAGAGAAAAAAAAAAUAAAAAUGGACUGCAGCACAGCUGACGUGCCCAGUAUUGUGGUUCACGACUCUCCAGCUUCAGAUGACUCCUCGGAUGACAAGCCUUUGAUAAAAAGGAAGACAAUCUCUGCAUCACCUAAAAAAACAAAAACAAAAGACAACACGUCACUCGAAUCUAAUGGCACAAAUACCAAGAAAGCAGAUUUAAAUAGAGAUGACAGCUCUGACAAUGAGCCACUCAUUAAAAUCAUGAAGAUGUCCUCCAAAGCUGCAAAUAAAAUAUCUGUUGAUUCAAAGCAGCAAGAAUCACUGGAAGAAGAUAAUAGCUCAGAUGAUGAACCUUUGAGUGAACUUCGUGAAAAACUGCACCCCCGUCAGAGAAAGUCACCUGGUGGUCCAUCUAGAAAAGCAACCCCAGUGAUGAAAUCCAAAAGGAAUGCAGCAAGGAAAAAGGUUAAAUAUACAGAGUCUUCCAGUGACAGCUCAGAUGAUGAAGCAUUGGCAACAAUGAAGAGGAAGCUGACAAAGACUCCUAAAGAGCAGAAGACUUCAGCAAACAGCAAGCAAACACAGCUAAAACUUAAAGACAAAUCAUCAGAAGGGGAUGGCAGCUCCUGCUCUGAUGAUGAUGUACCUCUCUCGAAGCUCCUGAUAAGGCCAUGCAGUGAGGAGAAACAGUCACAUGAGGACACACACAGCUCCAUCAGUGUUUCAAGAAAGGCCAAAAGUGCUUCAGAUGACUCCUCAGAUGACGAGCCUUUGAUAAAAAAGAAGACAAUCUCUGCAUCACCUAAAAAAACAGAAGCAAAAGACGACACAUCACUCAAAUCUAAUGGCACAAAUACCAAGAAAGCAGAUUUAAAUAGCGAUGACAGCUGUGACAAUGAGCCACUCGUUAAAAUCACCAAGAAGUCCUCCAAAGCUGCAGAGAGAAAAUCUGUUGAUUCAAAGCAGAAAGAAUCACUGGAAGAAGAUAAUUGCUCAGAUGAUGAACCUUUGAGUGAACUUUGCGAAAAACUGCACCCCCAACGUAAGAGAAAGUCACCUGGUGGUCCAUCUAGAAAAGCAACCCCAUUGAUGAAAUCCAAAAGGAAUGCAGCAAGGAAAAAAGUUAAAUAUACAGAGUCUUCCAGUGACAGCUCAGAUGAUGAAGCAUUGGCAACAAUGAAGAGGAAGCUGACGAAGACUCCUAAAGAGCAGAAGACUUCAGCAAACAGCAAGCAAACAAAGCCAAAACGUAAAGACAAAUCACCAGAAGGGGAUGGCAGCUCCUGCUCUGAUGAUGAUGUACCUCUCUCGAAGCUCCUGAUAAGGCCAUGCAGUGAGGAGAAACAGUCACAUGAGGACACACACAGCUCCAUCAGUGUUUCAAAAAAGCACAGAAGUGCUUCAGAUGACUCCUCGGAUGACGAGCCUUUAAUAAAAAAGAAGACAAUCUCCGCAUCACCUAAAAAAACAAAAACAAAAGACGACACGUCACUCAAAUCUAAUGGCACAAAUACCAAGAAAGCAGAAUCACUGGAAGAAGAUAAUAGCUCAGAUGAUGAACCUUUGAGUGAACUUCGUGAAAAACUGCACCCCCAACGUCAGAGAAAGUCACCUGGUGGUCCAUCUAGAAAAGCAACCCCAGUGAUAAAAUCCAAAAGGAAUGCAGCAAGGAAAAAGGUUAAAUAUACAGAGUCUCUCAGUGACAGCUCAGAUGAUGAAGCAUUGGCAACAAUGAAGAGGAAGCUGACGAAGACUCCUAAAGAGCAGAAGACUUCAGCAAACAGCAAGCAAACAAAGCCAAAAAAUAAAGACAAAUCACCAGAAGAAUCAUUGGAUGAGGAUAAUAGCUCAGAUGAUGAACCUUUGAGUGAACUAAAAAAGAAACUUAUCCCCCAACGUCAGAGAAAGUCACCUGGUGGUCCAUCUAGAAAAGCAGCCCCAGUGAUGAAAUCCAAAGGGAAUGCAGCAAGAAAAAAGGACAGCAGCUCGGAUGAUGAUGUUCCCUUGGUGAACCUUAUUGCCAAAAGAAAGAAACCAAUGAAGAAAAACACAAAGACGACAACUGCAUCGAGGAGCAGAGCGUCAAGAAAGAGACGAGUGUCAUCAGGCAACAUUUCAGACGAUGAACCCUUAAUCAAAGCGGCUAGACACCCACAAGUGACCAAACUCCUGAGAAUAAUACUAAGGAGGUGUGAUGGUGAAGAAGGUGUGGACACAGGAACAGGGAGCCUGAACAAAAGCAGUGCAGCAACAACGAUUGAGGAAAAGACCUUGAAGGAGGAGUCUGAGGGCUCAGAGGAAUCACCAGAAGAAGAAUAAGCGGAUGUUACAGAAGUUGAUGAUAUGACGUUUUAUGACCUUGCACUAUCUGGAUGGGGAAGUUCAAGCCACCAAGUGGCUACAGAGUUUGAGGGACUUUCUUAAGUGUUGUAUAUCUUUUGGAGAGACAACUCCUAAUAAUUACAAUAAGUGUUUAUGUAAAGUUCAUCAAUGUGUUUUAUAUGCAGGACAUACAUGUUUGUUUAAGGUGUUGGUAUUUUUACUCCUGUUUUUAAGUUUGGUAUAAAAUGUUGUAGGUACCUGAUUUUAUGCAGCCUUUUAUGUUGUUUUACCAUUUUGUGCCCAUUGUUGUUAUUGACUGUCUCUGGUUUUAGUUUUUUAGGAGAAUAAUUUUACAUGCAUUAGUUUAAAUUAUAGUACAUUUCUGCCAUCAUGUGAACGACAUUUUCAGCAUGUUGUAGUGGAAAUCUGUUGUGUUGGAUUAAACUGUUUUCACCAUGAAAUUCA